AUGUCUCAAGAAUCAGGAAAGAAGAAUGUUGCUGGUCCCAAACCUGUCACAAAUGUUCAUGGUGUCAAGUUUCUUGGAAUGAAGUCUUCAUCGUCCACACCUUCUAGGGUGACUCGCUCCUCUGCUACAAUUGCAUCUCCAGAAUCUUCUGGACCUGCCAAGAGGGCAAGAAGUAUGAGAAUCAAGCAUGUUGCAACUAAGAAAGGAACUGGUAAAGCUUCUAAUGCUCAGAACAUUUCUGAUGACUCCGUGCCUGACAACAAUGUUGAUGUUGGUCAAGAAGACGAUGUUCCAAAUGUUGAAGUCACUCCAAAGAAGAAUCCUGAACCUUCUUCUAGAAAGGGAAAGGAAAAACAAACUGUUGCUUCUAAUGAUGAGGAAUCUCAUGAGGUACUAAUCACAAAGGUUGUUGUUCCUGCUAGUGUUGUGAAGAAGGUUGCUGUCUCUGCAAGCAAGAAGAUUGCAGAUGGAAAGAAGAAAAAGAAGGAAGGGUCAUCUCUCAAGACCCCCAAGACGUCUAGAAAUGUCGUGCCAGAUGUCCCAUACAUCUCAACCACUGCAAGGAAGAGAGUGAAAGGGAGGAGAAUUCCUACCAAUGUUCCUGAUGCUCUAGUGGAUAAUGUGUCGCUCCACUCUGCAAAUUUUGCACAGAGGUGGAAGUUUGUGGUUCAUAGGAGGCUGGCUGUUGAAAGAGAACUUCAUGAAGAUGCCUUGGAACUCAAGGAGAUUGUGGAUCUGUUGACUGAAGUUGGCUUGAUGAAGAUUGUCAAGGAUAUUGGCAGGUGUUUUGACCAAUUGGUCAGGGAGUUCAUUCUGAAUAUCCACACUGACUGUGAUGAUGAGGACAAUGCUGAGUACAAGAAGGACCACCCUUCUCAAGUAGGAAAAGCAACGUUACACAAAAUCAAAUUGCUACCAAAGUAG